GAAGGACAAACCGAAAAGAAACAAGGAAACGAGGAGGAAAGGAGGCGAGGAGAAUUGGGAAAAGGAGACAAGGACGCGAGGAAGGAAUCGAGGAAGAGUUCAGGACUAAACCAGGACAUAACAAGAUGCCUCUCCUGAUGCAGUCCUCAUCUGUGUUAUCUUGGUUUGGAGCCAGCACUGAGAGUUCACUGGGUUGUGGCCUUCUUUGCUGGAGAUUUAGAAAAUGACUAUUUCAAUGGAGUGGAGCACAAACUGAGGAGGAACAAGGCAUAGCGACAGUGAAUUCAACAAGAAGACCAGGAAAGGAGACAGUAAAGGAUGUGUGUAAAGAUUUAGGAUGGACUUUGACGGGGACUUCUGAAGAUCGUUCAAAGAUUGUGACUUGACUCUGGUUCCAGAGGUGAACUAAAGGGGAGGAGUCCGUGAUCAUGGCCCGGCUCCUCCUCUUCCUGUCCGUUUCUGCAGCAACGCUGCUCCAUUUCCUUUUGCUGGUUUCCAUGACAGCUGGUCUGAAACCCCGCCUCCACAGAGACCGGCGGAACAUCAGGCCCAACAUAAUCCUGGUUCUGACUGAUGACCAAGACCUCGAGCUUGGUUCUAUGCAGGUAAUGAAUAAAACUCGGAGAAUCAUGGAGGAGGGUGGUACUUCCUUCACAAACGCCUUUGUAACCACACCCAUGUGCUGUCCUUCAAGGUCGAGCAUGCUUACUGGGAAAUAUGUCCACAAUCACAACACCUACACAAACAAUGAGAACUGCUCCUCUCCCUCCUGGCAGCGGCAGCAUGAGCCAAAGACCUUUGCCGUGCACCUUAACAACACUGGCUACAGGACAGCAUAUUUUGGUAAAUACCUGAAUGAGUAUAACGGCUCAUACAUCCCUCGUGGCUGGAGGCACUGGGUUGGUCUUAUCAAGAACAGUCGCUUUUAUAACUACACCCUAAACGUCAAUGGAGCCCGGAGAGAGCACAGGGACCGAUACCCCCAGGACUACCUGACAGAUGUGAUAACCCUGGAAGCACAGAGGUUUUUCCGAGCCUCAAAGCGGAGCUAUCCUCACCGACCUGUUCUGAUGGUUCUAAGCCACGCUGCACCCCAUGGACCGGAGGAUUCUGCUCCUCAAUUUAGUUCCCUCUUUCCCAAUGCCUCCCACCACAUAACCCCAAGUUAUAACUUCGCCCCAAACCCGGACAAACACUGGAUCAUGAGGUACACUGGAGCCAUGAAGCCCAUCCACAUGGAGUUCACUAACGUCCUACAGAGGAAACGACUGCAGACGCUCCAAUCUGUAGACUACAGCAUGGAGCAGUUGUAUGAGAUGUUGGUGGACACUGGAGAGCUGGAUAACACUUAUAUAAUCUAUACGUCAGACCAUGGCUACCACAUUGGACAGUUUGGACUCGUCAAAGGUAAAUCAAUGCCGUAUGAGUUUGACAUCAGAGUUCCCUUUUUCAUUAGAGGACCCAACAUACAACAGGGACACAGUGUUCCAGAGAUUGUCCUAAACAUUGACUUGGCUCCCACCAUUCUGGACAUAGCCGGAAUAGACCCCCCGUCGGACAUGGAUGGGAAGUCUGUGCUGGGGCUGCUGGAUGUAGGGUCCCCUGGGAACAGGUUUCAGUUGAACAAGAAGUCUGUGAACUGGAGAGACUCAUUCUUAGUUGAGAGAGGGAAGUUGCUCCCUGGUUUAUUGAGUGACAAACAGGAGAAGUCUGAAGAGAACUCUCUGCCCAAACAGCAGCGAAUGAGAGAGCUGUGUGACCGACAGGAGCUGCACCUGCCCUGUUCCACCUCUGGACAGAAGUGGCAGUGUGUGGAGGAUCCCAGUGGGAAGUUGCGAUUGUUUAAGUGUAAAACUGAAGGAGGUGGGACUAAGGACAUUUUCUUGAAGAACCGCCCAAUCAGCAUCAAGACCCAACGUUACAACCAUGAUGAAGACUGCAGUUGUGACCUCCGUCCCCUGUCUUUUGCAAAAUCCAAGAUGAAAAAAUCUUUCAAUAAACCCUUCUUUAAAAAGAAGCUGAAGUCCCUUAAAAGUUUCUCCAGAAUCCGCUUCAGCCGCGCGAUCAGUAACUCUCUACCUGACGACGGUAUCCACAGCGAACACAUCUUCCCCCUUGGUGAUGGUCUCCGUGGUAACAACAGUUGGGGGGCGUUAAUGGGUGAGGGUGCAUGGACCAAAUCAGACAGAGAGGAGGAGAUAAGCGGAUCUGGGCCGGCACCCGAGGAUGCUGUGAAGGUUACGCAAAGGUGUGUUAUUCUGUCCAACUCCUCUGUGAGCUGUGACUCCAGACUCUACAGAAACCUGCAGGAGUGGAAGGACCACAAACUUACCGUGGACCACCAGAUUGAGACUCUUCAGACCAAGAUCAAGAACCUGCGAGAGGUUAGAGGUCACCUGAAGAAGGCCCGUCCCCUCAAGUGUGACUGUAAGCGGCACCUGUCAAUCAAACAAUUGUCUAAGUUGAAACUGAAGAAAAAGUUGAAGAAUAAACUUCACCCUUUCAGAAGGGGGGUGUCUAAAGGAAAGUGGGCGUGGCUUGAGAAGGAGCAGAGACGGAGGAAGAAAAUGAGGAAGAUGAUCAAACGAAUCAAAAACAAUGACACGUGUUCAAUGCCCGGACUCACCUGUUUCACCCAUGACAAUGAGCACUGGGCCACGCCUCCUAGCUGGACAUUGGGUCCAUUCUGUGCCUGUACCAGUGCUAACAACAACACAUACUGGUGUCUUCGAACCAUCAACCAAACUCAUAACUUCCUCUUCUGUGAGUUCUCCACUGGCUUUCUGGAGUACUUUGAUCUUACUACUGACCCCUACCAGUUGAUAAACUCAGUGUCAUCUCUGGACAGAAGUGUUUUGAACCAGCUCCAUGUUCAUCUUAUGGAGCUGCGAGCCUGCAAAGGACACAAACAAUGCAACCCCAAAGUAGACAAGCAAGUAGAGAGGCGGGACAAGAGUGAUUUACACUUGUACAGGUACAGCAUUGACAGAUCUGUGGAGAGGCCCAAGAAAUGGUCCAAAGUCCGGAGACCUUCAUACAAACCUCUGAACCCGAUCUGGGAUGGUUGGAAAGGCUGAGGUUGCUGACAUUGCCCCCUUCUGGACCUUUAGCAAAAUGGCUUCUCUCUUUCAAAGGAGGCUGUGUUUAUAAUACUUCAACACGUUUUGUACAGAUUUUUUGUAAAACGUUACUUGGGUUUUGGGGAUGUGAUGUGGCUCUUGAUUACAUUUUCUACAAUACUUCACUGCUGCACCUCUGGGACCAGAAGGAACUCAGAAUACAAACCAAACAGCAAAGAGCAUAAUAUAUUACAAUGAAUUUCUGUAUGAAUAUUUUAUGUAUAUCUUUUCUGUUUUACUGAAGUUUACUACUAGUCAUUAUAUACCAUCAUUAUAUUUCUUGAAAAAAAAAAACAAACAUCCAAAUCCUGGUACAAAUGUUGCGAGAAAUGUACUGUAUUUAAUGUUCUGAAAUGCACUGGUUAAAUGGUACCGAAGUGGAAGGUUAGAAAGAGUUUACAUGAUGUUGGCACUAGCUACUUUAGUGUAUUUUUUUUGUAAAAUGAUUGUUUUAAAUGUUAUCAUCAAUAUGUUAGGAGCAGGACGUAUAACUGCUCCAUGUUUGAAGUUCACUAGCCCCAUGAAUGUUUCAAAUGAAGUGUGAGAAAAUAUUAGUAUAAUUUGUAUUCAUUUGAGAAUCUACGGGAAAUGUAGUGUUAAUCUAACAUUUACACAUAAAUAAUAACUCUGAUAAUAACUCUGAAUGAUGCUAUGUAGAAUAUGUUUUUCUUUUCCAGAAAUUUAACUAUAGAUCUUAAAUUAUUCUUUGCCAACUAGUAAGUAGUCAGACAUACAAUAGGUGAAAUAUAUGUAGAAACCCAACUUGCAAAAAAAUGCAUUUACUUAAACAAAACAUCUGCCUUUAUAUGGAAAAAGUCACAUUCUAUGUCUCUACCCUUGUACACAGCCUCAACUAUUUUGUCCACUCUUACUUUUUCUUACAUUUAGGCUAUUUUUAAGAAUGAUGUUUUUGCACUUCCUGAAACACAUUUGUCCAGCAUCUUUAAGUUUUGAAUUUGGCUGAGGAUUUGUUUUCUUUCUGGUCUUCCUUAAGGUCACAUUGGGUUUUGUAAUGUUUUAGACCCAACUUUUGUCAGUGAAAAAAGUUUAUGUUGGCCAUUCUAACAGCUACCUUAUGUGUCUUGAAUAUUUCAGUUCAAAAUGCUAUCUUUUUAGAGAUGUGAACGAUUGUUUGGCUGACUGAUAUGCAAAUGGGCAGUUGAAUGUAAACUUUAUUUUUGUGGUUAUUAUUUGUCAGUAUUCGAGACUGAAUGAGUCCAAAUGAACUGUAACCAGGUCCCGGCACUUUCUACCAAUCAGAACAGAGAUCGAUGAAGGAUGGAUCACCAGGACAUGGACAUGUUUAUGGAGCAAUUACAACACAGAAUGGAUCAACUGAGCAACAUAGCAGAACACAAGUUUUAAAUGAACAAAUCAGGACCUGUGAAAUGAGGGCCGUGCAGUCAUGUAACCUGUGGAAACUUGUGAAUAAAGAUUUGAGUAAUU